AUGGCCCCGACGCUCGCUGUCUCCGAGGGCCCGCUGCGCCGCCUUGUGGCCCGACACGUCCCCGAAUUGUCGGACCACAGCAGCCAUGUCGGUAGCGUCAUCCUCUACCGCCUGCCAUUGGCUCCUCAGAGGCACAGGCUUCCCUACUCCCCUCUCCCAAUUGGCUACUGGCGCGCCCUCGCCGAAGCGGAUUCGCCUCCCAUCUCUCUGCUCACUCUGCAGCAGCGGCCCCUGAAACAGUCCCUGGGAAGCUCCCUGUGCCGCGAGUCGCACUGGAAGUGCCUGCUCCUCACGCUGCUCAUCCACGCCUGCGGUGCCGUGGUGGCCUGGUGUCGCCUGGCCACAGUGCCACGGCUGGUCCUGGGGCCCGAGGCAGCCCUGGCCCGAGGGGCCGGGGGCCCACCGCCCACCUACCCAGCCAGCCCCUGCUCUGAUGGCUACCUGUACAUCCCACUGGCCUUUGUCUCCCUCCUCUACCUCCUCUACCUGGCCGAAUGCUGGCAUUGUCAUGUCCGGUCAUGCCAGGCACCGCGCACUGACGCCAACACCGUACUUGCCCUGAUCCGCCGGCUGCAGCAGGCACCACCCUGUGUGUGGUGGAAGGCCACCAGCUACCACUACGUGCGGCGCACCCGCCAGAUUACCCGCUACCGCAACGGCGACGCCUACACCACCACGCAGGUCUACCAUGAGAGGGCCGACAGCCGCACUGCUCGUGGCGAGUUUGACUACUCAGCCCACGGGGUCCGCGAUGUCUCCAAGGAGCUGGUGGGCCUGGCUGACCACGCGGCCACGCGGCUGCGCUUCACAAAGUGCUUCAGCUUCGGCAGCGCCGAGGCCGAGGCUUCGUACCUCACCCAGAGGGCCCGCUUCUUCAGCGCCAACGAGGGCCUGGACGACUACCUGGAGGCCCGGGAGGGUAUGCAUCUGAAAGAUGUGGACUUCCGCGAGUCCCUCAUGGUCUUCGCCGACCCACACAGCCCGCCCUGGUACGCGCGCGCCUGGGUCUUCUGGCUGGUGUCGGCGGCCACGCUGUCCUGGCCGCUGCGCGUCGUGGCGGCCUACGGCACGGCCCACGUGCACUACCAGGUGGAGAAGCUUUUCGGCGCCAGCUCGCCCCCGCCCGGGGCCAUGCCCAGCGGGCCCCCGCUCUCGCGUGUGGCCACGGUGGACUUCACCGAGCUCGAGUGGCACAUCUGCUCCAACCGGCAGCUGGUACCCAGCUACUCAGAGGCUGUGGUCAUGGGCGCUGGCUCGGGCGCCUACCUCCGUGGCUGCCAGCGCUGCCGGCGCUCUGUCAGCAGCAACUCGCUGCCUCCAGCCCGGCCCAGCGGGCCCCGCCUGCCUUUCAGCCGCAGCCGCCUCUCACUGGGAGCUGGGGGCAGGGCCACACCGGGGGUCUUCCGGAGCCUGAGCGGGGGGCCACUGGGGCGCCGUGGGGAGGACACGGAGCCCCUGGAAAGCCCACCGUGCUAUGAGGACGCCCUUUACUUCCCGGUGCUCAUUGUCCAUGGUGACAGCGGCUGCCAGGGGGAUGGGCAGGGUGCACUCUGAGACCCACGUGGCCCCCUGAGUGGCCCUCUCCCCACCGCCCCACCACCGGCUUUGAUGCCUGAGUACUUGUUGUCCAAAACAGGAGGGAAAACAGACCAGCACACAAUGGGUGGGGGUGGGGGUAGAGCCCUUAAACAGACUAACAUGCAGUGAUCGUGGUCAUUUUGGGGGCAAAUGGACACCACCGAAGUUGAGUCUAUGAACCGUCCCAGCAUGGCUCCCUCUCCACCACCACCGCCAUGUUCCACCCCCUGUGAUGGCAGACGAUCUAGCUUGGGGGCCUCUCAGGCAGGGCAGGGAAGGAAGUUUCCAGAAAGCUUGGGAAGGGGGAGGAGUCCUGGGGACAGCUGUUUCCUGCAGCAGAGGGCUGCCUGUGGACUCUUCCCUGAAUGGCUGAGGCCACAUUGGGGGCCCUCGGGCAACCCAGAAGCACAACUUGGUGGUUUGGGGCUGUGCCGAGCUUGGCUGGCAUCCGCGAACCUGAAGAGCUAUGGCAACACCGCGGCCUCAGCCCCACUACCCUCCCAAAGUCCCCAUCCUCCUUCCCUGACAGGCCCCUCCCGGCCUGCCCUCUGGCCUCUGCUCAGGGCCAGUCCCUGAUCAGACCCUGUGGCGCAGCUGCUCUACUGGGAGCCUGGUUCUUGUAGCACAGCCUUGCCCUCUCUGCUGCCCACCGUUUCCCCUGGUACACCCUCUGCCACAUCCAAUUACCCCUGUAACCCAGGGUUCCUUCUCAUGGCCCCACCUCAAUUCCAUAUGCUCUGGUCUCUGCUUCUGCCCUCUGAAGUCCACGUCUGCCUCUUGUCAGCCACGCACACACCCUCCAGGCUAUGUCCUCUCAUUGCCCCACCCCGCCCCAACCUCUCUGCUCUUUGCCUUCCUGAUGACCCACGGGGCUCAGGGCUACAGGGCAUCUGAGGGGCCUCAGUCUCAGCCACAGCCUCUUGGACGAUGCCUUUGUUCUUCCAUGGAGGUCCCAGCUUCCCCCAUAGGUGGGGCCUGGCCCAGGGGACAACAUCCCUCCCCUAGGGAGGAGAGAAUAGUCCCUUCCCUUCCAACUGGGGCUUCAACCCCUCUCAGGGGCCGGUGGGGGAGGGAGGAGGGAGAGGAUGCAGAUAAAAUAAAAGGUAUGAAAUGGAAGGUCUUCUCAUGUGCAUUCCUGGGUGGUGGGUUCAAGGGCACCACAAGAAAUGCAAUGGGCCAUGCUGGGUCUGGGAGGGGAUGCAGGUGGGGCUGCACCCAGGAGAGGGUGAGCUGAGGGGGAACCUCCCUGCCCGGCCUGGGAUCUCUGAGACUCAGGUUUGAGUUGCUCUGGGCAGCUGUUUCCAACAGACUGGUAUCCAACUGACUUGUAUCUGGGUCACUUCUAAGGCACUGUCCCAGUGGUGCCUCUUCCAGCCCAGUAGGGGUUUCUGUUCUUCUGCUGGGUGUGCCAAGGGCUAAGGGAGUGUGGUUGGUCCCCAGAGUGGGAAGAAAGAGGUGUGGUCUGUGGCACAAAUUCAGUUCCCCUGAUGGCUAUUGGUGUCAUCGAUCGGGGGGGAAUGGACACUGAGCAGUUUAGAGGACUCAAAGCUGAAAACAGCCAGCCCCAGAUCAAGCCAUGGGGUCUGAAGACAGAAGAGGGCAAAGGAAGGGCCUCACUCACUGAUGGGGCUAGAGAGAUCUUUGGACGUGACAUAGUCACAUGUACAGCUGUGCGGGGUGUUCACUGUGCAAGGGGUUAGGGUGGGUGGAAUCCCACCAGUGGGCCACUCCUCAAGAUGUGACACAGAGCUCCACCCACCUGACUAAAGAGCACCCUUUUCUAAUCCAUGCAGAGGCACCGAAGGGCCAGUAGUGGCCCCAGAAGAGUGUUGAGAAUGGGUGCGAUUCCUCCUAGCAGAGGCAGGACAGAGGGUGUUCUGUGCAGCAGCCGCUGCCUGCACCAAGGCUUGGAUGCAGGGCAUGAAGAAAAGCAUGACAAUGAGGCAGAAGAAGAGCUACAGAAGAGUUGGCUGAGGCUUUCAACACCAAUUCCCAGAAUUUGCCCUUCAACUGGGGGAACCUGGAGCAAACUGGAGCCAUGGAAGGUGGUUGAGUGGGGAAGUGAUAAGCUCAGGGCAGCAUCUUAGGAUUUUUAGCGAAAGUCCAGCAGCCUGCUGGCCACGUAGGGAGGGUGGAAUUAGAGACCAGAGCCUUCCCUGUGCACCAGCCCAUGGCCUCACAGGCCGUGAAGUCAAAUCCUUUGUUCAGAUGUAACUUAGGUGGACAACUCCACGGUGUUCAAACAUUCAAGGAGGCUGCAGCAGGCGGGGGCCAAUGUAUGGCUCCAGGUUCUCCCCAUGGGGAAGAUUUCCCUCUUCCAUUGUCCUUCUCUAUCACCGCUCCAGCCAUUAUCCAUCUCCUCCCCUCCUCAAUACCAGAAUCCCAAUAUUUUAGGUGGUGAUGAGCCCAGCUCAAAGUCAACAUUUCCAGCCUCCCUUGCACAUAUGGUGUGGCUUUGUGACUUAAUUUUAAGGUAUGAGAUAUGAGUAGAACAUGUUGGAAGGGAUUUCUAAACAUGCUCCUUGAAAUAGAAAUGAUACUGGUGAGGGCUAGUUCUGUACUUUCUGCUUCAUUUUGCAUUCAGCUUGGAAUGCAGAUGUGAUGGUUGGAACUCCAGUAGCUACCCUGGAUGAGGAGGUGACCUUGAGAAUUGUUGCCUUGUGCUGAGGAUAGUAGAGCAGCAAGAUAAAAGACCCUGAGCUUCUGAUGACACCACCAUAGGCGUGCCCAUAUCAUCCCUGGGUUCCCUAUUUCCAGACUCUCUCAGUGACAAAGAGAAAUAAACUGUUAGUUUGUUUAA